AUGGCACGCGAUGCCCCUCCGAAUCGUGGGCCGGAUGACGCUGUGCUUCGAGCAUUGUUGCAGCUUCAGGAAGACGGUGACCUCGCCAAGUUCCUGAAGGUGAAGUCAGACCUGAACCAGGAAAUAGAAACUUCUAAGUUCCGCAGCACGACUCCGUUUGCAGCUCUCUUGGGAGGGCUGACGAAAGCCAAGUGCUUGUCUUCCCCUUCCGGCACGGCCGCGAUCAGGAGGGCCGUGUCGGAGUUCGGGGCUCGCUGGACGGUUACCACCUUCGGGCAGCUGCUGAAAGGCCUCAUCGAGCUCCGCGCCGUGGCCCAGGGUCGGGAGCUGGUCGACUUCGCCGUCGCCACCGGGGCGCCCUGGGGCCAGGACGGUCAUGUGGUCUUUCGUGGCGACUAUGCGUUCCAGGCCAUGGUGCCUCUCCUCAUGGAAGCCGAACUUCUGGACGAGCCAGCUUCCAUGGAACUUCUCGAAAGGUCUGUGACAGAGUGUGAGCAGAAGAAUUUCAUGGGAGUCUUGUUGGAGGGCGGCGGGACCGUCUUCUCCGAACUGGUGUCUGAUCUUGUCUCCUAUGGCAUCUUGGGAACGCCGAAAGGGGAUGCCCUGAUCAAUCUCGCGAUGGAGCAUGGCGCCGACUGGGCCUGCCUGGAUGGGUGGAACCAAACACCUUUCGAGGACAUCACCCGUUUGCCUUUGAAGAGCAACCCGACGUUCAACAAGAGGCGAAAGACCACCAUCUCGCCGGAGGCUGCACUUGCCUACGCCCGUAAAGUACUGCAGAAUCAUCCGCGGCCCGGUCUCCUCUGGAACGGUUCGAAGAAUCGGACGGAGCACGGCGACCAAGAGUCUCAGGGAGCUUUUCAGCCCCUGCUCCGCACUUUGGCCGAAGAGAAACGCAUCGGCCAGCCGAUCUCUCGCGAGUUCUUGAAGAUGGCAGAGGAGACGGGAGCUAGGUGGGAUGCUAUCCACUGGAAUUUCACGGCUCCGUGGGGCGGCCUCAGUACUUUCCACUCCUUUGUCCAGCACCUCGCACAGGCGGGUGCCUUACAGCACCCCGACGGGGUCGACAUGGUGGCCCGUGCUUUGGAGAAUGGAGCCGACUUUCGGAUGAAUAAUCCGAAGGCUUUGGGGCCGAGGCACAUUGCCGUGGAUAUUCCGGGAUUGGUCUGGGGCCACCGGAGAGAGACUGUGCGCCUGCUGGGCUUGCUUGCCUCUGGAAGGGCCUUGCCCUGUGAGCCGGCGGACAGGGAGGGAGAUUUGGUGGCUUCCUUCGUUGCACUGGCCCAGUUCGUGCAGGCGGCUCAGCAUGCCUCCGCUUUGCAGGUUCGGCAUCCCAUCGUAGAGUCAAUACUGGGCUUUCUUCCUCGUGUCCCGCAAGUGCUAGGGUACGAGUUCACGGACUUCCGCAAGGUGGCACAUCAUCCGCAGCCUCUCCAGGGAUCGUAA